UCCUUCCUCGCACUUGUGCCCUACCCUCCCUCCCGCCUCGGGCCCACUCCGGCGAAGGUUGAGGCGCCUUCCCCGCUACCUCUACACCUAGCCCCGGCUCUCUCGUGACGGAAGCGGACCGCCCCGGGCAAGGAAGGUUCGAAAAUGCCCCGCGCAUUCUUGGUGAAGAAGCCGUGCGUCUCCACGUGCAAGCGGAACUGGAGUGAACUCCCCGACGAAGAGCGCGGCGAGAUCUACGUGCCAGUCAGCCUGGGCAUCUGCCCACCACAGCCCUACCAGGAGCCGGAGCCGUCGAUAGCCGAGCCCCCUUCCUGUCCUCUGGCUUUGGAUAUGAGCAUGCGCAACUCCAGCUACAGCGUAGCUUCGGGGCCCUGCGUGGUGGCACAGCUGCCCUCCGAGGACUUGGGCCGCCUCACAGACGCCCAGAGCCGGGAACACAGCUUCCUGAGCACCAAGAUGAAGGUGACCCUGGGGGACAGUGCCAGCGGGGACCUCUUCACCUGCCACAUCUGCCAGAAGGCCUUCACCUACCAGCGGAUGCUGAACCGCCACAUGAAGUGUCACAAUGAUGUCAAGAGACACCUGUGCACCUACUGUGGCAAGGGCUUCAACGACACCUUUGACCUCAAGCGGCACGUUCGGACACACACAGGGGUGCGGCCCUACAAGUGCAGCCUGUGCGACAAGGCCUUCACACAGCGCUGCUCGCUAGAGUCCCACCUCAAAAAGAUCCACGGCGUGCAGCAGCAGUACGCCUACAAGGAGCGGCGUGCCAAGCUCUACGUGUGUGAGGAGUGCGGCUGCACGUCCGAGAGCCAGGAGGGCCACGUCCUGCACCUGCGGGAGCAGCACCCCGACAGCCCACUCCUGCGGAAGACCUCCAAGAAGGUGGCUGUGGCCCUGCAGAGCACUGUCACCUCGCUGCUGCAGGGUGGCCCCCGGCUCUGAGCCGCUGUCUACCCCCACGGGCAGAUGCUGCCCGCGCACAUGCACAGGGACCCAGCCCUCUGCACUUCCCCACAGAUUUGUCUAGUGGGCUCUGGGCUGGGGCAGGUGUGCAUGGGUCGGGGAGGCCGAGGCCACCUCCUGGGUGAAAGACACCUUCUGUUUUCCCUGGCAACAUGAUUUUGGGCAGGAGGGAUCCUGUUUGCUUGCUUCUGAAUCUUGGCAAAAAGGAUCCCUAAACUAUACAAAGAGGAUCUCCCAAAGCAUGCCAGGAGGACUCUGUAAGCCCCCCGAGAGAGGGGCUGCUGGUGC